CGAAGAAAGAAGCUUUCUCUUGCCUAAGAGGAUCGGUCGGGUGUGAAAAGGUGAGAUGCUCUCGAGAUCAGCGCGGCGACACAAGACAACUUUACUGCACCAUGGCUGAUACGUCCACCCCCAAACUGUCCGUGACAGAGAUCGGCAAGCACAACAGUCCCUCAGACGCAUGGAUAGUGAUCAAUGGCACAGUUUGGGACGUAACAGAGUUUGCGCCUAAGCAUCCAGGAGGUAUUGAUAUCAUCCUGGAGUACCUGGGUCAAGAUGCAACCAAAGCAUACAGCGAAGUGCAUGGGCCAGGACUGGUGGCGAAGUACCUCGACAAAUCCAAGAACCGAGGCCAAUUGGACGAAAGCACUAUCACCGAGGAAUGGAGGUCGAGACAGGCCGAUACUGUUGAGGGUCAGCCUGAAAUCGAACCACAUGAGAUGCCACCUCUCGACUCAAUCAUCAACCUAUACGAUUUCGAAGAGGUUGCGAAGAAGGUCGUCUCUCCGAAGGCCUGGGCUUACUAUUCUGGCGCUGCCAAUGACUGCCUUUCCUUGAACGCCAACAUUGAUUGGUACAAGAAAAUCUGGUUUCGACCGCGUGUCUUAGUGGGCGUCAAGAAUGUGGACACCAGCACGACAAUUCUCGGUGAGAAGUAUUCCAUGCCUAUCUUUUCCUCGCCCGCUGCAUUGGCGAAACUGUCACAUCCCGACGGCGAACUUGCCAUGGCACGAGGAGCGGUGGCCAAAGGGACAACAAUUUGCGUCUGCUAUGGUGCUUCAUAUUCCCUGUCGGAAAUCACCCAGGUCAUGCCAGAGGGCUAUCCGAAGUUCUAUCAGUUAUAUUUCGAUCAAGAUCGGAAGGUGACGGAGAACAGGAUGCGUGAGGCCAUCAGCCUUAAGCCUCGAGCAAUACUUGCGACGGUGGAUCUCCCAGUCGUGGGCAAACGCGAAGCCGAUGAGCGAAUCAAGAUCGAUGCCACGUUCAAGCCGACCAAGAAUGCGCGGGUCCAAGUGCUACCGAAGGACAAUAAAGGGACAGGUCUUGCUCGAGCGACGGGUUCAUUCGUCGACCCUGAUCUCACAUGGAAAGAUAUCAAGUGGUUGAUCAGUCUCUCCGACAUCCCGGUAUUCGUGAAGGGCAUCCAAUGUGCUGCAGAUGCACGCAAGGCUUUGGAGAUCGGAUGCAAGGGAAUAUACGUCUCCAACCACGGUGGGCGAGCUGUGGACACGGCGCCGCCUUCAAUCCUGACGUUGCUGGAGAUCCAAGCCAAUUGCCCCGAAGUCUUGGAACAGAUGGAGGUCUUCGUCGAUGGCGGUAUCCGGCGAGGUACUGACGUGCUCAAGGCGAUAUGUCUGGGCGCAUCGGCGGUUUGCCUAGGUCGACCUUUCCUGUACUCGAUCGUGUACGGGCAGGAAGGGAUGGAAAAGGCACUUGACAUUCUCAAAGAUGAACUCGAGACCGCGAUGCAGAUGGUUGGAAUCACGAGGCUGGAUCAGGCGCAUCCUGGUUUGCUGAAUACUGCCGAGAUCGACCGCUUCGUCUACAGGGGUGAUGCUCAUCCUUGGGCAAGGAGGAUUGUCAGGAGAGUCAAGUUGUGAAUGUCAAGUCCAGCGGUCCUGGGAGACCAUGUGCCGUUGUGGAUUUGCCUCAGAUAUUGAUAAGAAGAUCAUACGAACAUGUCUUCCGCGUUUUGAUGUUACUAUUCAAUGGCUCUUCGUCGAUGAGACCAGCAAAUCCUAUGGACUCUACAUAUGUCACGGUGUGAUGUCUCGCUUCGCG